AUGAACCGUGUGGUGCAGCUGCCACUUGGCGCCAGUGCCCCAUCCAUCGUAGAAAGCUAUACUUUAGGUGAUGUGUUGAUCUGUAAAGCCAAUCGUGGCAAGCAGUUAGAGGUCGAACACCUCGUCAAGACGUUGCAUGCUGAUGUUAAUUAUCGCAAUCAGCAUGGCUGCUCGGCACUGCAUGGGGCGGCAGCAGCUGGUCAAUUGGACGUGGUACAGUGGAUGGACAAACAUUGCAAUGUCAAUUGGAGCGCUACCGACCAUGACGACCAGACGGCGUUACAUUAUGCAGCGUUCUAUGGGCAUUUGGAGGUGGUACAGUUUUUAGUUGGGAAAGGGGUGCCACUGGACGCUCCCGAUAAGUUUGGACGCUUGGCACAUUGCUCAGCGGCGAUCAACGGACACUUGGACGUCGUGACGUAUUUACUGGAGGAAUGUCCUAGUCCCAUUGACAUUAAUGCAGUUGAUGAGUAUGGUGGUUCGUGUCUGCAUUGGGCAGCGUCAAAGGGACGGAAAGAAGUCAUUCAGUAUCUCUGCAUGAAGGGCAUUGAUAUCCACAUCACUAGCUAUGACAAUAAGACAGCAUACCAGAUUGCCAAUGACAAGCACAAGCAAAAAUGUGUGCAGUUUCUAAAGAGCUGGUACGAGACGUCGCAGAAAUUUGUUCAUGGGGCUGAAGUGGGAGACGAUGAAGAAAUUGCACGGAUAAUAGCCGAAAUUAAUGGAGCGUAUCCUUUGCAAUUUAUGCGCGACAAGAACGGCAAGAACGCGAUGCAUUGGGCUGCAGAGUUCGGACACUUGUCGACUUUGAAGCUGUUGAGUGAGCAUUUUGCCGUCUGGACGGACGUUGAUAAGUUUGGCCGCAACGCAGUGCAUAGUGCUGCUCUUGGCGGAAACAAGGAGUGUGCAUUCUGGCUCAUCCGAAAGUCCCGAGACUCAUCUGAGUUCCUGUCAUUGACGCUGACGAACAAAAGCUCAUCGCGCUGUGCAUUUGAGGCUGGCCACAGCUCUCUUGCUAAUUAUCUACAAGCAUGGGAGGAAGGCAACGACGAUUAUUCAACAAACGACGAAAAGUCCACUUCAUUACUAGAGUAUGAUGCUAGUCGUCUCGCCGGUGAUGAAGAAGAUAAUGUUACUCCACGAAGCAGGAAUAUUGAGACUGUGUACAACUGGCUCAAGUUCUUCAAGAUGGAAGAAUACGCUGAAAAUUUUGAAAAAGAUGGAUUUGAUACAUUGAGAGGUGUGGCUACAAUUGAUGAGGAUGACCUCAUUGAUAUGGAUGUGAAAAAAGGCCAUCGGCGUGUGGUGCUGUCACAUAUUGAGGAGCUACGUAACCAGUUGGCAGUGUUGGACGAAAACGCGCAGGUCGCUGGGAUGGAGCCUCUUUCAUCACCGACUUUAAGCAUGCUUCCACCAAUCACGAAAACGGCGUCAAUAUCCAAUAUUGCUAGUGUGUCUGGAGCUUUAGCAGCAGGAGGCGAGGCAGUCUCUCAUCGAACAGAGCGACGAGGAUCAAUUACAGCAUCUCCUGUGACAGCAGAUGUGUAA